AUCCACUGACCACGUGAAAAUCAAAAUGGCGGCCGACAACGCAACAACAGCGGCGCUAAAUAAGGGAAGUUUAGCUUUAGAUACUGAUAAACAAAAAGAAUUUGAAGAGAAGAUUAAGAAAAUUAGGAAUAAGGGUGAAGAUGAGAUGACCCCAGGAGUACUCUAUGUUGGACACAUUCCACAUGGAUUUUAUGAGCAUGAAAUGAAAGGGUUUUUUUCACAAUUUGGAACUGUUAACAGGCUUCGUUUGUCGAGAAGUAAAAAGACUGGUGGCUCGAAAGGUUAUGCAUUUGUGGAAUUUGCAUGUGAUGAUGUGGCCAAAAUUGUAGCAGAAACAAUGAACAAUUAUAUGAUGUUUGGAAGACUGUUGAAGUGUAAUGUUGUUCCUAAAGAAAAAAUUCACCCUCGUCUGUGGAUCGGAUCAAACAGAAGAUUUAGAACUAAGCCAUAUGGUCGGACAAACACAGACAACCACAAUAGGCCUCGUAAUAUCAAGCAACACACAAAGCAAGUCAGUAACCUUGUGUCAAGAGAGGGGAAGAAGAGAGCUAAGUUAAAAGAACUCGGAAUUGACUACGAUUUUCCUGGAUAUAUGGCUGAAGCUGGUAAACAUAAGCGUGGACCUAAACAUACAAAGUUUAAGGAAACGUGAAAAUAACAAUAUAACUGCUGGAAUUAUUCAACAAUGAACACAUGCAAAGUGCAACUUAACACUCUUUCUAUAAUUACAUCAUUUGACCAGGGAGCGUUGCCAUUGUAGAUGCUGAGCACAACCUCUGGAAUUGAGGCAAACUUCUUUGCCUGAAACAUGAUGUAUUUAUAGAAAGAGGAUAUAGUGUUGUUUUAAAUGCAUGUUCCAAGAGAUAAAAAAACUAUGGUUGACUAUGAUUGAUGAAUUCAAUAAACAACCAUUAUCUACACAUACUGCUCCCAUGGGCUGAAAAUUGGUAAUAAAGGAAUUCUCCUGAAACCUUAAUUUGCAAA